GGGGGGGGGGGGGGGGGCGGCUUCAGAGAAUCGCAUGGCCGGCACUACCUGACAAUUGCGGCGCGCGCAGACUAAGUUCCCACUCAAGCGCUAUGCCUCGACAGGCAGCGAUCUUUCUUGUGGCACUCAUAAAAGUUAUACUACCAGAAGCUUAUGUGAUGAACGCAGCAACGACGAACAGAAAGGAAAUCAGAGUAGAGCGACCUAUGGGGUGCGAUGCCAGCUGCGUCUUGAGCUUCGGCUGCUGGCAAUACUGCGACUUGCUAGACAUGGAGGGCCAUUGCCGGUGGAACGAGUGUUACUGCAUUCCCAAGACACUGACUCUGUGCAAGUUUCGCGAUACCCUAAACUCACUACUAGAACUUCCAGUUGAACCAGAAGGAGUAAAUUUCCAGCCGGAGGACCAAUUUCAACCAACGGAACAAACCUUCCAGUCGCUAAAAGCACGAUAGGUCGCGCAUUGAUUUUGCCAUGAAAGCGGCUACUCCAUGGGCCUGAUAAAGGUGUUACGGUUGUUCCGAGUCAACAUUUUUCAUGAAUCAAUUGAACGCCGCUCGACGCGGUUCAUCAACAGAAAAUCUUGCAUCCGACCUAAGGUCGGGCCACGAGUUUGUCCCAGAGAAGCAACCUCUGACUUCUGCGACGACAAGC